AUGUGCUCUAAAGUUGACGAAGCAAUAAAAUCAUACCUGGAAAUGCAUCGUCCCGCAAGCUGGUCUUACAAUUAUUUUUUAAAAAAUAACAAACCCUUAAUAAUUGAAGAACUUAACGGCAGUCCAUGGCCAGACAAGAGUUCCCUCUGGAAGAAAGAUUUUAUUCGAAUUGCACAACAAAUGACAAGCGAGGAAAAAUUUAUUGAUAAGGUUAUGUAUUGGUUUAAAGAAAAUGCGGGUUCUGUUCCUGCUAAGAGAUGUAGGCGCUCCUGCGGGUACCGCCCCGUGAUAAUACAAGGAGUAGUGGGUUCUGUUCCUCGCCUUCCGUCUCAGCACUCGGCUGAUGACAACUGUUCGUGCUAG